AUGACCAGCAUUUCGUUGACUGAGCUCGAAGACUUCAUUAAGGCUGUCGAAAACCUUCCGCACUCGCUACCUGACUACUUCAUACGACUCAUCACCAGUCCUCUGUACUCCGGACACGCGCUCUCUGUAGCGAUCAUCUCUCGUUCUGUGGAUCUAUGCUCAGUAAUCGCCAACCACCGCCUCCAGACGCGCGAAUUUGAUCGAUACACUAACGAGGUUUCAAUCAAGCUUUACGAGCAGGAAUUACGCUCAAUUCUCGCGGAACCCAACAGCGUGUACAACGGCUCCGCCCUUCAUUCCGAUUCUACGAAAAUCGACGAAUUCAGCAUCAGUCGUUCCGCCAAAACGUUCAGCGAACAGGCCCCGUUAUUCUGGCACAUGUUAUGUUCAAUGUUAGCGAGAAGUGGCGAGGCUUUGACGCAUGGGAAGGACGAGGCGGACAGUGCUGAUGAUGAGGCGGAUUAUUGGCGAGCGCUGGGUGAGCUGGAGGUUGAUGGUAUCGUGAAUUCCGAUACUUCGUCGAAGCGCUUAUCGCACCGUGAGGUUUCAUUGGCAAGACGACAAGCCAUCGUUAAUGUGAAAGCUGUCGUCGUUCUCAGUAUCAUACUUCAGAGUAUGAAUCAAAAGGCCAAUGCAGUGCAAAGUGUUAUUGGAGUCUUCCUGCACUCGUGCAAAACCCCCGAGAAGGUCGUCGAGACACUCGCUCGCAUGGGGAUCUCCAUUUCCCUCACGUCGAUUCACCGCGCCAUUCAGUCAUUGUACGAGGAGUCAGCUGAGACGAUAAGUCAUUUGGGAAGAUGUCUAUUAGUCGGAUUUGGCUAUGAUAAUUUUGAUGUAAACUUGAAGCCGUCCGUUUCGACUGUCGAAAAGCUGGGGGAUUCAUUAAAGCAUCUCACGUCCGCGCUUGUGUUUCCUUUGCAACACGGCAUCACUCUGGAUGAUUUACGUUGCAGCGAGGAUCUGUGGAAGAAGUCCGCGCUCAACCCACAUGGCUCAGUUCCGCGCCAUACUUGGGAAGAGCUUCUCAAAGCCGUGCAACCCAAACACACACCUGGGCUAUCCCACCCCCUUAAUACCACACCUCAUGCCCCGGCAUCACAUACGGCUGAGCCAGCGGGUCGCGCGACCAGCGAAGAAUUCAAUGCAUGGAUGUUCCUUCAUGAUCUGGUGAACCAUGGGCCAUCGUACUUCGCCAGUUUUCGUUCCGAGAUAGGGCAACCACCCGAAGUUGAGUCAAUCCCACUCGUGGAGACGCCUAUCACACCUAUGCGUGCAAUGGAUGUGAAUAAUUCCACCGUCGCAGGAAAUAUUGGUGCAAUCAAACAGAUACUUGCCCAGGCAGGGAUCGCCGACAUCCACGACCCGGAGUUUGCGGGGAUUGACACGAAGGACAUGAGGGAUGUCAAAGAUUAUGUUGUUUUAUUUCAUGGGGACUUGGGGACCGGUGAACGCAUCCAAUCACUCCAGCUUCGACGUUCAAUUGAAUCCUCGCCAUGGCGUCGCUUUCAGUUUGUCAUCUUUAUCCUUGGUCUGUUCCACGUCAAGAUGGCUUGCGCGGAUGCCAUCUGGCGGAUAUUCAUUCAGUCACUGAAUGGACGUCUGGACGAAACGUGCAUGAUGGAGGAUAUCGCGAUUCUUCGGCCCAAAGAGACGGGAACCAUUUCCAGCAAGCCCACCUUCCGCCAGAUGCACCAAGUAAUCCAACAUACCGGAAUCUGUCGUCGAUUGGACUGCUGGCGCGUCGAAGCAGCUCAACGCAAUCCCUUGCAUACCUCACUUGAGGAGUUUGCUAAGUCAAAACCAUCUCUCGAUGAAUUACAGAGCAUCGCAGCGAUUGCCGCACGCAAAUAUGUCGCCUCACGUCUUCUCGGCAGAUUGCGCCGCCAACCAACUGGCCAGCGAGAUGAACAAUGGGAGAAUGCCACCCUACUUAAUAAGUACUGCCUCCUCUACGAGGAACUUUCGUACGCAAUGAAUCAUGGCGAUAUCGGCCGCGUAGAAGCCAAUUUCAUUCCGUGGAUCCAUAUCUUCAAGGCGGUCGGGAAACACAAGUACGCUACUCACCUAACUCAAUAUCUGUACAACACGAGAUUUGUCUAUCCACCAGGGCUUAGUUGCGCCGUUCGGUACAAUAUCCUUGUGAAUCCCACAGGAAAGAACGGCAAAUGGCGCGCAGUGGACUGGUGCGUGGAGUUCAACAAUUUACAAACAAAGAGCGAGCAUGGAGGCGAAGGCUCCAAUCGCACCGUUGCGCGGAUCAUCAAAGAAUCACCUUUGAUUCAGGUCUAUCAUGAUGCAAAGGAGAAAAUCAGUAAUAAUAUUCUGCUCGCCCAUUUGACGUCCGCGCACGCUGAUCCCAAUAUGGCACGCACAUUUGAGUCCGUGUCGCGCCACCUUGCCGAAGCUUCGCCUCACAAGAUCAAACCUGGGCGGCGGACUGCUUUCACCAUUGAUGAUAUGAUUGACAAGGGAGCGGCCAAGUUACCGGCUACACCUGUCCCAGUAGCAGAGAUUGAGCUGGAUGACAUUGUCGGUGAUGGAUUGAGUGCACGACCUGACGCUGACGAUAUUAUAAUAGACCUCUAG